AUUUCGAAGAGGGGAUAACUGCAACUACCAUUCAGCUCGAAGCCCAUGGCAAUGGCAUGGUAUACUUUGUUGGCGCAAGCAAGCAACGUGACGAGCAAAUAAUCCUCGAAUCCGAGUUGAGUCAUUUUAUAGCUUCUCUCCGCAUACAAGACAAUGACCUCCUCGUCUUCAGAAGCAUGAGGAAAGAUCGCCUUGAAGUUCUUGUCCUUGACCCGAGCGGUUGUGAGAAAACUUGUUUUGCCAUGGGAAACUCUUCAAAUGCCCGAGAAGUGUGUGAAGAUCUGGUUGAGAUUGUUGAUCCACCCCCGCAUACUCUCAUUGAUUUGAGUUCUGAUGACAAUGAAUUUGUGGAAGAAGGCAGAUUUGAUGACAAUGAAGUCGUGGAAGAAGGCAUAUGACAAUGUCAAGGAGGGAGCAGAGGCCACUACGAGGCUGUCGUGCAAAAGCUCAGAAGAUGGCUUCGACAUCCUCCCCUUGUAGUAAGUCAGGACGCAAAGCUGGCAAGUCGAAGGAAGCCGCUUUAGAAGCUCCUAUGUCCAACAAGCCCUACAUAUUACCCGUGGACAUGAAGCUAACUAGUGACCAAGAGGAGAAAAUAAAGGAGAAAGUCCGGGCGAUUGGAUCUGAAUUCCCUGUGCUUGUGAAGGUGAUGACGAAACCUGGGAUUGAUGAGCCAACAAAGCUAGAAUUCUGCCUGGAGUAUGCUCGGGCGUGUCUCCCGCUAGAACAAACACCUAUUAUACUUGGGCUGGAGCGUAGCAAGAUGCAGUGGCCUAGCAUGCUGAAGGUCAAGAGAUAUACAGAUGGGAAGUGGAUUACCAAAUCCUGGAAGGAACUUGUCUUGCAGGCUGGGAUGAAGCCAGGAGACAUCUGCCUCGUUGAACUGGCACGCAGGAGCAACGAGAACCUCAAGAUGACGGUCCAUCUGAUCCGUGAGCGGAACCGCAGCUCUAGCUCUCAAGCAUCUUGUUAGUGUGGUCUCUUUGUGUGUGGUCUGUAGUAUGAUGGCUUUUAUAACUCAGCUGGUGUAUGCAUUGCUUGAUGAUUAUUUGGAACAACCUGAUGUUAAGCAACUCUCUAGUACUAGCGUGUAAUGUAAUCUGGGGAAACACUGGA